AAGCCACUAGAAAACAGACAUCCAGGGUCCAGACGCAACAUCUUUUCUUCUCCAAAUCCUCUGUUCCAGACAACCUCCUACCAUGAGAAUCAGAAACUAUCCACUUCUGUUCCUGAUGCUGAUUAUCAUGCUGGGAUCAGUUCAAUUUUCGGGUUGCCGGGAAAUUAAAGAAGCAACAAUCGGUGAAGAAGCAGCAGGUAGAUUGAGAAACAAGUAUGCUCCAAUUUUUUCAAGAAGCAUCUCAACCAUCCUUGGCCUAGCAAGAUCUUCUAGUUCUGGCAGCCAUAAGAUCAGAUCCAUGCACACUGUUUCUCGCCGGAUAGUCCCCUGUGGUCCAAACCCUCUUCAUAAUUGAUGCAAUACACAAAUUGCAUCUUGUUGAUCUCCAUUAAUAUGAUAAAGAGAUGCAUGACCUUUUUUUUCUCUUCAUCUUUAAAUAAUUAUAGAUGUACGAAUCUUUUGUUUCAACCUUUUUUAUAAUGUACCAUGUACCUCAACAAUGGUGUGAGUCAGCUUAGCAAAUGAAUUUAAUUACCCGCA